ACAAUGAUAAUAUUAAAGACAUGGGAAAUAUACCAUGUGCUUUUUGUGCUUAUUAAUGUUAGGCCUACUCAAUGAAAAAGUCCAAAAGUGUGCUGUAAUGCGAUUGUAAUAAAUCACAUUUUCAAAAAAAUCUGUUGAAGUGGGCGCUGGGCUGUCCCAAGCAGCGCCCCCCUCCGGGGCUGGCCGCCGUCUGGCAGCAGUGCUGGAUCCGCCUCACAUGGACUGAAGUGUCAUCGGGACGGAGGAAAGUGUGAUCCGUCGGAGGAAUUACCAUCCCAGACCAGUGAAGGGUACAAAGGGAGCGCAGAUUCAGAGGCGCGCAGUCCGGCCGCGGCGUCCCAUGGAGGGGGUCCGGUCGCCGCUUUCGCCCGAAGCUUUGGAGGAAGUGUGCCAGUGACUGGAGCAAGAUAACUAAGACUGCAGAAGGCCCUCUUUGUCCUCAGGGAGAGUGAAUGAGUGGUGCAACGUAUCUACCGUUGGCUUGUCAACACCAUGAGCUGGAGCUUCCUCACCCGACUGCUGGAGGAGAUUCAUAACCACUCCACCUUUGUGGGGAAGCUGUGGCUGACAGUGCUCAUCAUCUUCCGAAUCGUGCUGACCGCCGUGGGCGGGGAGUCCAUCUAUUAUGAUGAGCAGAGUAAGUUUGUGUGCAACUCAGACCAACCAGGCUGUGAAAAUGUCUGCUACGACUCCUUCGCGCCCCUGUCGCACGUGCGCUUCUGGAUCUUCCAAAUCAUAUUGGUGUCCUCGCCUUCGCUCAUGUACCUCAGCUAUGCCAUCAACAAGAUCGCCCGUUUGGAGGCAGGGAAGGAAGAGGGCAUCUCUGGGCGACACAAGGCGCAGAGGAUGUUCUUCAGCAACCGGAAGCAGCACCGAGGUUUGGAGGAGGCGGAGGACGACCAGGAGGAGGACCCCAUGAUCUACGAGGUCCCCGAGAUGAGUGGCCCCAACGAGCCCGUAACCAAAGGAAAAGCUAAGGUCCAGCAUGAUGGGAGGAGACGCAUCAAAGCGGAUGGUCUUAUGCGCAUCUAUGUGCUACAGCUACUCACUCGCACGCUGCUGGAGGUGGGCUUUUUGGUGGGUCAGUACGUCCUCUACGGCUUCUCCGUCUCCCCCCUAUAUGAGUGCACUAGAAACCCCUGCCCUCACACGGUGGACUGCUUCGUGUCAAGGCCCACUGAGAAGACGAUCUUCCUGCUCAUCAUGUACGGGGUCACCGUGUUCUGCCUGCUGCUAAACGUGUGGGAGAUGCUGCACCUGGGAGUGGGCACCAUCUACGACGUCUUCCACAGCCGCCACGCCCCACACGAGGAGGGCGAGUACCGGCUGGGCAGCAGACCCAGCAUCUCCGUGGGCAAGGCAGGAGUUGAGGAGACCUAUGGGAGCUACCCCUUCUCGUGGAACGCUCCCUCAGCCCCACCAGGCUUCAAUAUUGUGGUGAAGCCUGAGCAGAUCAAGUUUACAGACCUGAGCAACGGCAAGACGGUGUGCAAACAGAACAGGGCUAAUAUUGCUCAGGAGGAGCAGCAGCAGUUCGGAGGCAGUGAGGACAACCUCCUCGCUGCCGACAUGCGCGGAGCCCUUCAGAAGGACAUACAGCAGGCCCAGGACAGGCUGGAUGCUGCUAUCCAAGCCUACGGCCAGCAGUGCCACAAUGACAGCAACCACAGCAAUGUGAGCCAGUUGCACCAUGACCACAAACAUCGCUCGGGAGCCAAGAAUGGCAACAACAAGGACAACUCGCGCGGGGGCAGCAGCAGUAACAGCAGCAAGUCAAUGGAGGGGAAGCCCUCUGUGUGGAUCUGACAGGUGACCCAAACCUGCCCAGCUCCACCUAAGUUAUUCUCCGUAAUCCUCGUACUGUUACAUAUUGUCAGUUAUGUAUUUGUGUCUCUGUCUCGGGGUACUUUGGAAAAGAUCAACACUAAAUACUUGAAUCCAGCAGCAGAGCAUAUGUUUUGCAUCAGCUUUGAAUUCCAGUUCCAAGAAACUGGCAAAUCAGUUGAAAAGGGAAAUGAAAUUAUAAAAAAAAAAAAGGAAAAAGUUUUUCCUUGGAUUAACGGGAAAAUCAACAGCAAAAAUAUUACUGUACCACUUUUGUCAACCUAGCUACCCAAAGACAGCACACAGCAGAUAGAGGACAGACUGGUGUAACUGCCGUUCUUAAUUGCCAUGUAUUGGCAGCCAAAAUAUGUGGCAGUUGAUUCCCUGCUCAGUCAUACUAAAAGGAGCUUGUUAGACUGUGAAACUAUGUCAAGCUGUAGAGUCUAGUUACAUAUCAAACACACCCCAUCUCCACUAUGGUAGCCAGGCUGCUGUGAAUGGGCCUGAUCUGUGGAUGUGGUCAAAACCCGACACCCCACUGACACUCCCACCGUGACCACCAUCUGCUAUUUCUAAUUAAGGGUAUUUACAGGGUUAUAUCAGGUGCCAUAAAAAGUAGCUGUUUUUGUGAAUUAAAAGCAGUUGGGUUAUGUUAAUGUGCUGAAAUUUGAUGUAAUAUUGUGCCUGAUGAAGGAGACCGGCUUAGGCCUGGUUUCACUGCUCUGUACCACCAUCACUGUGGAGGAAAAGUAGAACUCAGUUCAAUGCCUUAAAAUCGUACUUGGUGGAAGCAGCCAUUGCAGAGUGUGGAUGCGCACGGUGAUGGUGGGAGACGGUGCUGAUGCCUGCGUACUGAGGUGUGAUGCACCGGUCACGUCCAGGUUCCCCCCCAGGUCAGCGGUGGCUUCCAGUCUGGUGUCCGCCAGCCAGCACUUUUCACAACCGUUCUAUCCACUGUGCGAAUGGGGCUGGAGAGGGGGGGUGCAGUAACUGAUGUAGCUGACACUUAGUGACAUUAAAUUAAUACGCUGCGAUUUCUUAG